GGCGGCAGCAGCUAGGCACCCCCGGCCCCACCAUCUCUCUUCAUCCCUCUCACUCCUCAGCAACUUCCUUCUUCCUUCCUUAUAUAACCCACUCACCCUCCAUUGAUCAAGAAUACCCAACCAAAAGAAGCUACAAGCUACCACUAGCAGCUAGCGCCGUCAGGCCACGCAGACACAAUACAGCUAACCCAUGGCGGCGUCGCACCUCGCAGCGCUUCUGAUGCUCGCCGCCGCCGUCCUGUCCGCCGCCCCGGCGGUGCGCGGCCAGGCGGCGUCGGCGCCGGCGCCGGCACCGUCGGCGCCGAAGACGAUCACGGCCAUCCUGACCAAGGCCGGGCAGUUCACCAAGUUCCUCCAGCUCCUCCAGUCGACGCGCGAGGCCGAGCAGAUCACCAACCAGCUCAAGGGCAAGUCCUCCAACGGCGGGCUCACGGUGUUCGCGCCGCCCGACAACGCCUUCACGGCGCUCCCCGUCGGCACCCUCAACUCCCUCUCCGACCAGCAGAAGACGUCGCUGGUGCAGUUCCACGUCGUGUCCAUGGUGAUGCCGGCGUCGCAGCUCGAGACCGUCAGCAACCCGCUGCGGACGCAGGCGGGCGACACGGGCCCCGGGAAGUACCCGCUCAACAUCACGGCGGACGGCACCAACGUCAACGUCUCCACGGGGGUCGUCAACGCCACGCUCGACGGCACGCCGCUCUACGCCGGCGACAGGCUCGUCGUGUACCAGGUCAACAAGGUGCUGCUGCCGUGGGCGCUCUACGGGCCGGCGCUUCCGCCGGCGCCGGCGCCCGCGCCGACGCCGAGCAAGAAGAAGAAGGCCGCGACGGAAGCCGCGGCGGAUGCGCCGGCGGCGGACACCGCGGCGGGGACGACGGCGUCGGAGGCUGCGGCCCGGGGGAUCCGGGGCGUCGGGGCUGGAUCCUGCGUGGCGGUCGCCGUGGCAGCGGCUCUGUGGUGGGGCAUGUGACCACAGUAAGAAGGCAUGCGUGUCUUGUCGUGGAUGGCGUUUCUAAAUUUCCCUGAGAGGUGGUUCUAAUUCAUCAGUUCCUUUUUUUUGUUUUAAUUUGUAUUUCGGAUGUACUUGGCUUCAUUUCGUAAUGUUUAUGUUGUACUUUCAAAUUGUACAUGAUAUUGUGAGCACGCGUAUUGUUAUCCCAAUUGUUUUGAACAUUAUUUACCUUCAAAUUUACUA